GAUCUUUCUUUAUCUUUUUUUUUUCCCAUCUUCUCCGAUCGGUGGAAUCUCUGUGCUUUUCUCUCUCUCUCUCUGGAAAUUACUUCUUAACCUGCGCCUGUUGGAGCUCUUAACCUGCGCGCAUCGCCGAUUGAUGAUAGCUGAGCCCCGUUGGUUAAGAAACAGGAGGAAUCGAGGUCGAAGAGGAGAAGGCUAGGGAGAAUUGAGAAAUCGCCGUGCCGGGAAAAAUGGAGUUUUUGGCAGGUUCGACGUUUGGAAUUGGUUCGGCGGCGCAGGAUAAGGCUGUACCGGCGGCUCUGUUCUUGACGGAGGAAUCUAGCGGCGGAAGAAGCCGGAUCGGGUUAAGAAAAUGUGUAAAGUCUCCGCCGGAGGAGUUAUCGGAGAGUUCUUCGUCGGUCGGAGUGUCAGGAGGGAGCAGCGAAAACGAGGAGGAAGACGACGCCGUUUCUUCGCAAGGGAGAUGGCUAGAUUCCUUCGGUUCCUCUCUGGAAGAUUCUCUUCCGAUUAAGCGAGGAUUAUCAAACCAUUACAUAGGAAAAUCGAAAUCAUUUGGGAAUUUAAUGGAAGCGAGCAACGCAAAGGAUCUGGAGAAAGUGGAGAGUCCGUUGAACAAAAGAAGGAGAUUACUUAUUGCUAACAAGUUAAGGAGAAGAUCAUCGCUGUCCUCUUUCAGCAUCUACUCCAAGACUAACCCUAAUUCCAUGCCUUUACUUGCUUUACAAGAAUCUGACGAAGAGGAUCACAAGUACAAUAGUUUUAAUGAUAAUGAUGAUGAUGAUGACAGUAGCGAUGAUCAAACUAGUAAGCUGCAAGAGAAGAGGAUUAAGCUGACGAAUAGUAAUGAUAGAGAUUUUAUGGUUCAAACUCAGAGCUGUUUUUGUUUAACUAGUUUUCAAGACGAUGAUCGAUAAUCCAUUUGUUUUUUGUUUUGUUUUCCCUCUUGUGUUCUCUUUCUGUUUUUUCUUUUGUCAAGUGCUAGAAGAUUUAAUGGAAUGAUUAAGUAAAUUGUCGUUUUUGUGAUAAA